UCUUCCUUCCCUCCCCUUAUCGGCCACGGCCUGUUUAGCCAUUCUCAAGAAACACAGAGCCCCAGAGAGACAGCAGUGUGACUCAGAUCAGGUACAGAGAAAGAGAGAUAUGCAAAUUCGGUUUCCUUCCUUUUUUCUGAAUUCUCCCCCAAAAGGGUGUCGUUGAGGGUCUUGAGGUCAAGGACUCUUCCUAGUUUUAGUCCUUCAGCUGUCUUCCCCACCAUCUUCAUAGAGAUAUGUGUAUGUUCUUCUCCUUUGCACUAUCUUCCUUUCUUUCAAUAGCAGUCCUCUCUGACCCGAAUCCUCCUAAUCCAGACUGAACCACACACACUCUUGUAACAGUACUCUUCUUCUUCUUCUUCUUCUGUGAAUAGAGAGAUACCAUCUUCUUCUUCUUCUUCUUCUGUGAAUAGAGUGAUACCAUCGUCUAACCGGAUACCCAAGAGAAUGUCGAUUGGUUGCAGAACCCUUUACCCUCAAAUGAAUGAAGAGAACAAGCAGGGGAUCGUCUCCAUCUUGGGGAUCUCCGGAGAUGGAUACUCCGAGAAGAGGCUGAAAACCGAGUACCCACUAAGGAGAAGUAGAACCCUCUCUGCGGACAUGUCUUCCAAGAAAUUCCUGGCCCUGCAUGACCCCGCGUCGCCCUCCAUGAAGAAGAUCGCCUCCUCCGGGGCGAUCCCGACCUUCUCCAGCACGCCGGAGUCCGAUGAGGAAGACAACGAGGAGAACAGGGCGAGCCAAUCAGAUAUAUGGAACUUGAUCCAAUCGCAGAAGCCGGCGAUCCCCACGGCCCAGCCUUACGUGCAUCCUCUGGUGAGGCGAUCAUCUAGCUCGCUGAGCAGCAAGAGCCUCGAGCUAUGCACCGAGAGCCUCGGGUCGGAGACGGGGUCAGAAUUCUGCUUCUCUCCUCCCUCUCCGACCGCUUCAUUCUUUUCUUCUCUCCCCCCUUCCCCUUCUUCUGAAGCGAUGGAAGAAGAGGGCGGUGGAGAAGAAGGGCUGGACUUCCUUUUCGGCGGCGAAGCCGACAGGAGGAAAGGCAACCAGGAGAUUGAUGAAGAAAAGUGGUUCAACUACAAUUGCACCAUCAGCCGGAGGUCGCCUGCGAGGUCGUUUCCGCCUCCCCUGCCAUCAAUCUCCCGGCGCGACGGUCCUCGCCUCCACAUGAAGCCCCACCGCCAAGACGGCCGCCUGGUGCUUCAGGCCGUCGCCCUUCCCUCCCAUAAUUACCUCCAGGCACAGCGCCAAGGCGGGCGCCUCCUCCUCUCCUUCAUCCCCACUCCCCAACAGCAGAAACAAGAAGAAGAAGCAGAGGAAGAGGAAGAAGAAGAAGAAGAGGACGAGGAAGUUGCAGUAGAAGAAGAGGGUGAUGCUGAAGUUAUUGAAGACGAAGAGGAAGAACAAGGAGAAGAAAGAGAGGAAGAAGGAGAAGAGAUCGUCAACAGUGAAGGAGCAGAAGAAGCCCGAGAAGAAGGCGACGAAGGAGAAAAAGAAGCAGAGGAGGAGGAAUUGGAGAAAAGGCUGGAGGUGGUGGGCUUCGAGAUGUGGAGGAGCAAGGGCCCGGCAGUGAUAGAGCUGCACCGCUCCAUAGGGAAGCUCAUAUCGCAGCCGUUCAUCAACAUAAAUCCAUGGGCGCAGAAGAAGAAGCUGGCCGCGGACACAGCAGCGGCCGCGGCGGCGGAGGAAAGGGAGCGGGAGUUGGCGGCGCAUAGGCUCAACAGGUACGAGCGCUGCUGGAAGGGGGGUGGGCUCGGCGAGGGAAAGGUGGUGGGCGCGAAGGAGUUGGUCCGUGGGCUCGUGCCUAGGAGGUGCAACGAGCCACGCCGAGCCCACCCCGUCUGGAUUUUGGAGCGUCGCUGCGUCGCCACUACCUGACAGUGAGCGAGAGAGAGAUUGGUGAUUGGGUGUUAUUGUGUGGUUUGGGCAUCAUUGCUGGAGAAUUCGGAUUCAAAACUAAUUGUUUUUGGUUCAUAUGGUAUAUAACGUUUCAUAUCAUAUAAAUAUAAAUUUUUGGCGUGCUCUGCCGGCCAUCUAA